AAACGCGUUUUCCGCGAAGCUCGAUCGUCGGUCGAUCGUCAUCGAAAAUCGCCGCCGCCAGGACUGGCCCAUUGGAAUGUACUGUGAAAAGUGAAGAUACCGUCAAACUGUGCAGUUGUUUCCCCGUACGAUGUGAUCCAUUUAAAUUCGAAUCGGUGAUUGUGAUUUUUAAUUGCACUGACGGCGCUCUGCUGAUGACCGAAAAAGGAACAAAUGCAGAACAUUUUGACACACAAAGUGACAGUCUAGUUUUGCGACGGAAAACUUCAAGCAGCGAGUGUGAAAAUUGAGAGAAUGAGCAUCAACGGAAACGUCAUCGGUGGGAGGAAAAUCGAACGAUUGUGAGCACUUUGGAGAGUGAGACAAACCCUGCGCGGAGCGCGAAUCUGAAGCGCGUCCUAACAAGACGGAUCGAAAUGGGUGGAAAAUGAUGAUCAAGGGGCGCGGAAAGAGCGAGUUAUGGAAAUGAAACAUUAUUAGAAAAAAAUCUAGCUCUUGUUGUUUGCAUUUAUAAUUAGUGGCGGUAAAUUGAAAGCGCCCGGAGUCCCUCGGGCAGCAGAUAAGCCGGAAUAAACAAAUUAGUAGAAACUGUGCAGGCCACCAAUCGGAUUGAAAAUGAAUCGUCAGCGAUCGUCGGUACGGAGUAAGGGAUCCUCUUCGACCACCACCAGUGAUCCACGCGAGAAGGUGAAAGAUUGCUGCCGCAAGUUUAUUGCGUUUAUGUGCACCCAGGUUGGUGUCGGUGGCUUAAUCGUCGUGUACGCGCUGGUUGGAGCUGCUAGUUUUAUGUCGAUCGAAACCCAGGAACCGAACCCGCUGAUCGAGCAUGUGGCUAAUUUACGGCGGAAUUGUGCCGCCGAACUGUGGGACGUAACCGAGCAGCUGAAUCUGUUCAACAGUUCCAUCUGGCAUAUGGAGGCGGAUGUGGUGCUGAAACGAUAUCAGGACGAUUUUGCCGAAGCAAUUCGUCGAGGUUACGAUGGACGAACACCGGAAGAGGCGUGGAACUUUCCGGCUGCGUUGAUGUUUUGUUUGGCUGUUUUUACGAUGAUUGGUUAUGGAAAUAUGGUUCCUCGAACGGCGUGGGGUAAAGGAGCGACCGUGAUUUAUGCCACCUUCGGUAUACCGCUGUACAUUUUGUACUUUAUGAACAUGGGAAAAGUGUUGGCUUCGACGUUCAAGUGGCUUUACACGUGGUUGCACGAGUGCAGUCACGAUCAGGAUGACGAUCUCGGAGUCGAGGAUGGCAGUGGUUUGGCACCACGGAAGCGAAUCAUUGUCCCGACGACGGCCUGUCUUUGGGUGAUAUCGAUCUACAUCGCUACCGGUACUAUCAUGUUUGCGGAAUGGGAAAAGUGGUCCUAUCUGGAUUCGGCGUACUUCUGCGUGACCAGUUUGUGCAAGAUAGGCAUCGGUGAUCUCGUGCCUGGAGCGAAUAUUCUCGACUCGCAGAGCGGAAAACCUACCAAGCUGGUGAUCAAUUUUGUUUACAUGCUGCUCGGUAUGGGUCUGGUCGCCAUGUGUUACAUCCUGAUGCGCGAAGAGGUGCGGAUAAAGAUGCAGGAAAUCAAGGAAGACACCCGGCUCUGUCUGGAGGACAUGAGCUCUAAAUUCGCGAAGUGUUUCGGCAGUAGUAAAGAUUCCCAGUACUAUGAUUGAAUUCCAACAAUAGAAGAAAACGUUACUACUAUAAACUACUAACUUAACGUGUAUUGAUUAUUUUUUCUAUCCAAUACGUAGUGAGCAUUGUUGUCUUAAAUUAAGAGAGAAGAGUAAUAAAGAUAUCGAAA